AUGUCCCUAAAGACAAACAGCACAGACAAAGAAGGUUCAAACCCUGCCACCCAUGAAGACGAGAGAACCAGAGGAGAGAAAAUGGAAAAAGAGAUACACGAACGAGCUACAAAAUGUCGGGAAUAUCGCGUUACUGGCUUCAGAUACUUUUUCGUUGAUGAUUUCAAAAUGGCUAUAAAGUACUUCCAACUUCAAAUGUCUACUGCCAAAGAAAUGGAAGACAAAAGUGGUGAAGGAGAUGCAUAUGGAAACCUUGGCAAUGCUUAUUACUCUCUCUCUGAAUUUGAAAAGGCCAUAGAAAACCACCUCCACCAUCUUAGCAUUGCCAAAGAAGUGCAAGAUAUAGAUGAAGAGGGGCGUGCAUGUGCCAAUCUUGGUAUUGCUUAUAACUCUCUUGGUGAUUUCAAGAAAGCCAUAGAGUACCACGUGCAACAUCUUGAUAUUACCAAAGAAACGGGCGACAAAGUUGGGGAAGGACGAGCGUAUGGCAAUCUUGGCAAUGCCUACCACCAAUUGGGUGAAUACGAAAAAGCCAAACAACAUCACGAACAAUAUCUCAUCAUUGCCAAAGAAGAGAAAGACAUAGUCGGAGAGGGAUUUGCUUAUGGUAAUCUUGGUAUUGUUUAUGUCACUCUGGGUGAUUUCAAAACGGCCAUUAAGUGUCACCAGCUACAUCUUAGUAUUACCAAGGCACUGGGAGACAGAGUUGGAGAAGGAGGUGCAUAUGCUAAUCUUGCCAUUGCUUAUCACAAGCUGGGUGAUUUUAAAACCGAAAUAGAGUACCUCCAGCAACAUCUGAGUAUCGCCAAAGGAAUGAAAGAUAGAGCCGGUGUAGGACGUGCUUAUGGCAACCUUGGCGUAGCCUACUGCUCUCUCGGCGAUUUCGAAAAAUCCAUAGAGUACAACAAGCUUCAUCUUAGAAUUGCCAAUCAAGUAGGUGACAAAGCAGGAGAAGGACGCACGUAUACCAAUCUUGGUAAUGCUUAUAACUCUCUCCGCAAUUUCAGUGAAGCGAUAGAGUGCUACCAGCAACACAUUAGUAUCGCCAAAGAAUUGGAAGACAGACCAGGAGAAGCUGAUGCGUACGGAAAUCUUGCAAACGCUUAUAAGUCACUUGGACAAUUCCAAAAGGCCAAAGAGUAUUACGAGCUAGCUCUUAAGAUCUUCAAAGAAAUGGGAGAUAAAGCUAAAGAAGGAGAAACUUACUCCAGUCUGGGCGAUGACCAUCUUCGACAAGGAAAUUUGGAAAAGGCGAUUGAAAACUACAAGUUACAUCUUAGCAUUGCUACCGCAGUUGAAGACAGAGUUGGAGAAGCAAUCGCACAGUUUAAGCUUGGCAAUGUUUAUCACAUUGUCGGAGACCUGUGCAAAGCUGAGUACUUUUAUAAAUCCAGUGUACAACUGUUUGAUAAUCUCAGAGAUCGCCUUCAAUCCAAAGACGAAUGGAAAAUCAACCUGCGGAAUCUUUACAAAGAGCCCUACACUGCUUUAUGGAAUGUUAUGUUGAAACAAAACAAAACGAAUGAAGCUCUCUUAACAGCUGAGCGAGGGCGUGGACAGGCCCUGAUGGAUCUCAUGGAACGUCAAUAUGGCUUAAACUUGGCUCACCCUGGACCUGGUGUACAAAUCGGAACAGCCACUGCCAUUUUAAACUAUAUUUCAAAGCAGAUGGGAACAAUGUCAGACAUUCUAAGACACAUUUCAUCACCAACCGUGUUUCUGGCAGUUGGAACGGAUGCAAUCAAUUUCUGGGUUCUAAAGACGGGCGAAGAACCUAUUUACGUUCAGAAAAAAAUUGAUGAAAAAUAUUUUAGAGAAGACGCCGUGCAUUCCUUGAAGUCCUUGAAUGAAGAUGCAUACUCCAAAAUUGGUGUGCUAGAUGGCGUUAAGUGCGAUAAUCGAUCUUUGGAUGAACCGACAGAAGAAAGGGUGGCUGAUCAAAGUCAUGGACCUGAUGGUGGGAAAGGACCAACGUCACCAGGCUGCGAGGAUGAUGUCUUAACAGUAUUGUAUGACAUGGUCAUUAGUCCGAUUGCAGACAUGAUACAAGGUGAUGCAGUUACCAUUGUCCCUGAUGGUCCAUUGUUCUUGGCUCCAUUCCCUGCAUUCAAGGACCAAAACAGCAGGUAUUUGGCAGAAACAUUUUCCAUACGAUUCAUUCCGACCUUAACCAGUUCAAAGCUGAUGGCGACAGAGAGACCAGAGCAGCAACACGGUACAAGUGAAGCAUUGUUUGUUGGCGAUCCGUGGGUGGGAAGUGUCCGCAUCAAGACAAAGAGGCUUCAUCAGCUCCCAUCUGCCAAAGCAGAGGUGGAAAUGAUUGGAAACAUUUUGAAGACGAAGCCUCUCAUUGGAGAGGCUACAACAAAAAAAGAAGUUUUAAGCAGACUAGACUCGGUUGCUUUAGUACACAUUGCCGCCCAUGGAAAAGUCGAAACGGGCGAGAUUGUUUUAUGUCCAAAUUCUGAUCAUUCCCGAAAACCAAAAGAAGAAGACUACCUCCUAACAAUGGAAGAUGUCCUGACAUCCAAAUUGCAAGCAAGGCUCGUAGUCUUAAGCUGCUGUCAUAGUGGGCGAGGAAAGAUCAAAGCCGAGGGCGUGGUUGGUAUUGCAAGGGCCUUUUUGGGAGCUGGUGCUCGCUCUGUUCUGGCGUCACUGUGGGCGCUUGAUGAUGAUGCAUCUUACGAGUUUAUGAAGCAUUUCUACACACAGCUGGAGAAAGGCCAAAGUGCUAGUAAGUCUCUGAAUUUGGCCAGAAAAUCCAUGCGCGAAUCCGGCAACUUCAGUGAUGUAAAACACUGGGCUCCGUUUGUACUUCUUGGUGAUGACGCGAUGUUUCAUUUUGGUAAAACCAGAUAA